AAGAUGAACUUGAACAUUUGCGUAAAGAACUAACUAUUUCCCGUCUAUCAUAUGAUCAACAGCUACACCAAUCGCAAAUUCGGUGUCGAGAAUUGCAAGUAAUCAACGAAAGUCAAAAGCAACGUUUAAACGAAUACCAAUCACUCCUCGAACGAUAUGAACAAGAAAAGCAAAAAGCUCUUAAUGACUGUAAAACUGCGAACGAAGAAGUUGACAGUAUUCGUUUUGAGAUAGCACGAAUGGAAAUGGCGUUGCAAGAAGAAAAAGCAAGUCGACUUGCUUUAAUCACAAACAAGGAUCAAGAGCUACAUCAAACAAAAGAGGCAUAUGAACAAGUGGCGGUUUUACGAUCACAGUAUCAACAACAAAUUUUUGAUCUUCAAAAUGAACUGCAAUCAGUUAAGAAGAACGAAUAUCAAUGGAGGAAUAAAGUAACAAUUUCAGAUGUGGAGAUAGACUCACUCAAAAGUCGACUAUCUUCGAUGGAGAAAGAUUUGAUGCAUUGGAAAGACCUGACAAGAACUACCGCGGAGAGCAAG